AGUGCCCUUUUCUCCUCCUGUCAGGUGGAGAAUAUAGAAAACCCUCUGGGGUCGUACGGCAGAGUGGAAGCAGACAAUGGCGUCCACAUGCGGAUUGUAAUACAGGGUCAAGAAAACAGGUCAGCCCGAGCCACACACGUAGGAGAGAAAUCUUUCCGCUGCGAGUACGACGGCUGUGGGAAGCUCUACACCACCGCCCACCAUCUCAAGGUACAUGAACGAUCACACACUGGAGACAAACCGUACAUCUGUGACUAUCCUGGCUGCGGGAAGAAGUUUGCAACAGGAUAUGGACUGAAGAGUCACUCACGCACACACACGGGGGAGAAGCCGUACAGAUGUCAAGAGCUGAACUGCUGCAAGUCCUUCAAAACCUCCGGAGACCUUCAGAAACACACACGGACUCACACAGGAGAGAAGCCUUUCAAAUGUCCGAUGGACGGCUGCGGCCGGUCGUUUACAACGUCCAACAUCCGCAAAGUUCACAUCCGAACGCACACCGGGGAGCGGCCGUACUACUGCUCCGAGCCCACCUGCGGACGCUCGUUCGCCAGCGCCACCAACUACAAAAACCACGUGAGGAUACACACUGGUGAGUGUCUCUAACAACUUAAACACAAG